UUACCAAUCUGAUUGUUUCUCAUUAGCUCUUGUUUUAUCUUUGAAUGGAAGAGGAAGAGGAGAAUAUGGAUUAUCAUUCAAUGAAACGAAAGCAACUUCAAGCACUGUGCAAACGCCAUGGUAUACCGGCUAAUUUGUCGAAUUCUGAGAUGGCUGAUCUGUUAUGUUCGAUUUUCAAGGAAAAGCAGAAAGUUGUUUCACAACGCAAGUCUUCGCUGAAGAAUUCAGCGAAGAAAGUGAACGGAAACCAUUCUAAGGUUGUGAAGAAAGUGAGAUUUAGUCCUGAAAAUCAGACGAUGUUUUAUGAGCCUUCAGGGUAUAAACGGGCAGGUAGGACAAGGGCUUCAAAGAAGUCCUUGUCAAAAACGCAGAAUCAAGCUAUAGAAAGUGAAGUUUUGUCACCUCCUACCGGGAAGAAGAGAGCGAGAAGAGAUCUGAAGAAACCAACUGCGAAGCUGAGUGUGAAUAGUGCGGCUGACUGUGAUGCUAAUGCCGUUAGAGGUGUGAUUGUCGGAGAAGAUGCUAAACUUAAAAAUUUUAAGAGGGGCGGGAGGAUCACCAGGUCUCGGGCUCAGUCUGUUGGUGAAGCGUCUCAGAGUGGAGAGUUUCAUCAACUCGGUGGACAUAGUAAAGUUGUGGGUAGAACUGCUCUGGCUGGAAAAUCAUCUGUAACCCGGAAAAGGAGAGUUGGAAACGAAAGCCUUUCCACAGAUGGUGCAGAAUCUGACCGGGUUUUGCGGCGUAUGAAACGAAACGUAACACAGGAUGAAGGCUUUGAAAUAUUUCCUGAGAAUUCACUAGUCGGACGUACUAGUAGGAUCACAAGGUCUCAAGCAAAAACUGUAGUGGUUGUUUCUGAUGCUGUAUGUGAAACUGGGGAAGAGACCAUUCAGCUUGCAGAACCUGGGAGGAGUCUUGGCCGAUAUGCUUCUAGAAGGAAAUCUGUCGUGGUCCAGACGGGUAAGGUAGGGAGUGAAGGACUCGAGGUGAAUAAAGAGAUUAUUAGUAUAAGAUCAAGAAGUAUUGAUUUGGGAGAGUCUUCGGAGCUUGAAGCAAUUAUAGAACCUAGUUUAGAACAUGAAAAGGUUAAGAAUGUUGUUAUUCCCAGUGGCCCUAAGAGGAGAACCAGGCGCAGCAAGUCUACUGUUCGAACUGAUGAAGAGUUGGAAAUCCGUCAAACCAUCGGACAGAAAGAUGCUCCUUUGACUGAAAAACUUCCAAGGAGGUCUAGAAGGAAUGUUGUAGAGGCUGCUGAAGCCGAUGAAGUUUUACAGGAAAAAGAGCAAGGUGUUAAAAAGGACGAAGGCUCUGAAAUUUUGAGAGGUAAUAAAAGGAAAUUUAAAAGUAUCAGUAGGAUCACAAGGUCUCAGACGGAAACUGCAGAGAAAGUUUCUGCAUUGGAAAGUGAAAUUGAGGGAGAGAAUAUGCAGCAUGAAGAAACCUCCAAGGGUCGUAGUAGGUAUGCUUCUAGGCGAAAUUCUAUCGUACACCAAAAGAGAAAGGCUGAAAAUAACAAAAUUCAGGAGAAAAAGAAGGCUAGGAAACGAUCAAGCAACACUGAUUUGGAAAGAGCUUUGGAAGCAAUUGUAGAACCUACUAUAGAAAUUCAGAUGCUUAGAAAUGUUUCCGAUUUCAAUGGGCCUAAUAGAAAAAGUAGGCGAAACACUGUAAUGAUCAAAUCUAGCGCUUCGGUUGAUAGAGAGUUGGAAACAGAUAAAAUUGUUGGACAGGAAGAUGCUUUGAUAAAAGAUCCUACAAGGAGAUCUAGCCGAACUGCUUCUAGGAACCAGUCAACUGUAGUCUCUUCUGAAGUAAGUGGAAUUUCUCUUGACUCGGGAAUGGUUAGGCAACAGAAACGAAAGCAAGAGCCAGCUCUGGAUGAAGAUAUUUCUGUGACCAAGUCCAAGACUCUGGAAGAACAACCCCUAAGGCGAUCUGCACGCAAUACCUCCAAGAAUGACACGGUGGAAUCUGCACGUAAACCUGCUGGAAAGAAGCAUCAAAAUAGAUCUCGAAAGACAAUUGUGGUGCAAGAGUUUCCACCAUCUGAUAAAGUUUUGUCUCCAGAAGAUCCAAUGAUAGAAGAUGCCAGACUGGUAGGGGCAGAAUCUGCCAGGAACAAAGACAAGCUGGAUGCAAGCUGCGGCAAACAAGUACUUGAAAGUUCCAGCAAGAAGAGGAAUGCAUCCCAAAUGAAAGUUAAAGCAAAUAAGAAACUUCAUUCUGUUCAUGUUUCCACCGUAAUUUCUGACCCAGAGAAGGCUGAAGAUACUGCUUUUAAUUCAGAGGAAACUCUAAACUCAACACCAAUUAAGCAGCUAGAUGUUUCUACAGACCAGGUUACACUGAAUUCCGCAAGUUCAUCUACGAUUGUUCUUGAGAGGCAAUGCAGUUUGGUGGGAGAUGAGAAAAUCGAACCUCUCCUUGAUGAAACUUAUGAGGUUGAUAAGCUUGAAAUAAAAAAUUAUGUUGGCAAGGUGAUUUCAUCUGAAAUUACAUCUCCAGCUGUUGGUCUCUCACCUGCGAACCAAUCAAAUGAUUUGGACUUGGAUAACGUACUUCAAGCUGAAGAGCCAUCAAUCGGAAAAAACAAAAACCACGGAAGUAAUAAUGAGGCUGAUCAUUCAAACAAAGAUGACAUAGUUUCAGUUCAAGAAUGUCAGAACUUGGUACAAUUAGAAGAUGCAGAAGACACUACUGCUGCACCAGACAUUCAGGAGGCAGAUUUUGAGGAGCAUCUGGAUGAACUCAGCAGAAGCAGCUCAGAGAAAGAGUCUGAUCUUCUCCAGGAAGCUGAAGAAAGAAAUGUAAUUGAUCCUUCCGAUGAAGGAGGAAACUCUCACACAGAAAAUUUUCUCCAGGCUAUCGAAAUCCACGAACUUACAGCAGAAUCCCAUCCUCUUAUCAUUGAAACUGCUACAGAAAUCCAAUUGACCUCACGUGUUGCUAAUGUUGCAGAGGCGACUUGUGAACGUACAUUAGAAAAUGAAGAAGUAAAUAAGGCUGAGACUCAAUCUCUUUCUAUAUUGACGGGGUUAGAAAUAGGCAAUGAAAUUGGUAGUGAAAAAGAAGAACCAUCUGGCAAGGGAAUAGUAUUUUCUGAUGAGAUUGUAUGCAGAGGUGAAACAUCUAUAGGUACUGCACUUUGUGGUCUUGCAAAGACUGAAGAUGGUGUGACUAGUUACGAGAAUAAGCUGGAUGAAACAGUUCAUAAUGAAAGAGCAUCACAAGUUGGUGAAGAGAGUCUUAAUGAUGGCUAUGAAGAAAACCUUUUGGUGGGUGGCAGUUCCAUUUUCAAGACACCUGGUAAAGAUGACACAAAUAAAGAACAUGAAGUCUCAACGAGAUACUCUGUAGAUGCUGUGGAGAAAGAAGACGAAGACUCAGAGAAAAUCUCAGAUCAUGUUUCUUUGGAGACUAGAGAGAGAUGCACGCUCGAACUUUCUGAUGCAAAAGAAGUCAAUCUGACCACCAUGGAAGAGAGGGCUCCUUCUACUGCUGACAAAGUGAACUUCACUGAGCUUGCCCUACUAAAAUGUAAUGACGAACUUGGUAAAGUUUCUAGUUGUGGCACCCAAAGUUCAUCUUUCAAGGGUAAGCAGUCGCAGCACAAUGACAUUCCAGAAGACUUGAAGGAAAAGCUGAAUGAGGUUGCUGAGAAUGUUUUGAAGACGGAAGUUCAAGCAGAGCAUUCACCUCAAUUUGCUUUAGAGGAUCAGGGUAAUCUGAGAGAUGCCAAUGGCACUUCUGGCAAAGUUUGUGACUUCGUUACAAGUGCAGAACUACAAGUUAGUGCUGAUGUUAGCACUUGUAAAACAUUUCCGAUAGAAAAAUCUGAUACUUCAAGUGGUUCAGAACUUGGUAAUCAUGUAGAAUUGGCUGGAGAGAACAACUUAACUGUUGGCAUUGUUGUUGAGCGGACUGCUGAUGUUGUCACGGAGGAAAAGGCAGAGUCUGAGAUAAAAGUUGAGCUUGUUGACGUAAGUGAUGAAGAGAAUGUGGCUUCACAGGUGAAGGAAACUGCUAGUAAAAGCUUGACGGAGAUCAUAUCUAAGGAAUGUGAAGUUCCUGAUCAAAAAGCAGUUGAAAUAGCCAUAGAGGGCGCUGAGUGCAAAGGAGUUGGCGAGAUGAAGGUGGAAGAAUUCAAAGCUGAAGAUGAUAAUUCCAAUGCUGAAGUCAGUGAUGUUAGUGCUUUAGCAAAAAUUCACGGUAAUCUCCUGGUAGAAGAAGCUACAGAAAGGCAUGAUGAUUUUAUUGAAAUGAUUAUAACUGCAACAAAGGCGACUACAAAGACAACGGUCACGAAAACAAUGGACUUUUCAAAUGCUAACAAUGGAGAGACUUCGAUAGGAAUGAGUCCAGUAAUGGAUAUGACAUUUACGUCUGAAUUUGUAGACGUGAAUGAUCCUGCUCCUGGUUUGAUGAAUGAGGCCGUAUCCGCUCAUUGUAAUGAUAAAGAGACAAGGUUGAGUGAAACUGUGAGCUCUGUGCCUCACAUUGAUGAAGAAAAAUUUGGUGAUCUUGAAAAUCACGAAGAAGAAAAUGUCUUAGAGCUGCAAAGAUGUCCAUGCAUAACUUCAGACAAACUUAUUUUUACCAAUAACAGAGCCGCAGUUAAGGAAGCCAAUAUAGGAGACGAAGAUUGGAUUUUAAAUUUCAAGGAUAAUUAUUGUGAUGCUCAUCAGGAAGAUAAUGUUGAUGCCAUUCCGCAAAUUACUGAAAACAAUUCAGAUGAUUGCUCGCUACAAGUGGGACUUUAUACUGACGGUGCAAACUUCGGAGUUGCAGCAGACGAUGCAGGUGAAAUUUCCAUGAAAGAAAAAGCAGAUUCUCAGAAUAUUGAGGAUAACAAUGAGUGGGUUGAAACGCCAAAUUUAUCCCAGACGAUAAAAAAUGGAACAAAAUGGGAUGAGAAAAACUCUUCACAAGGCAAACCUGAAAAAGGUUUGAGUAUUGCUGCCGCUGCACAUUUGAGUGUUCUACCAUUUCCUGAAUUUCAUGCUACAGACAUGGAUUCACACUUUGAGAUAGAUGAUGAGGCAAAAGAGAAAACAAGUUUAAGGCACCAGGAAGACAAAGAAGAUUCAAAUGAUCCUAUUGAAGAUAAUGCAAGGACUAGAAAUGAGCAACUUGAUGACCACAAGACUACAUUACUAGAAACUGCUUCCAUUGACGAAAUUGAUAGCUCGACUUUGAAGGAGCCUUCAUGUAGUAACAGACAAAAAAGCAUUGCCGAAGUGGGUGAGGAAGGAGUUCCUUCUGAGAAGCUCUCAGACAUGAUUGUCACUGCAGACAUUGAAAAGUUGCAUCCUGUUUCUUCAUCAACACCUAGAAUGACAGUUGAUUGCUCUGCCUUUUCACCAAUAAUUGUUCAUUCCAACUAUGGAAUAACUGAAAAUAAAUCCUCCGAAUUCCACCUUGACUCACCCCGGCUCACCAGUUGGGAAAUGAGCAGAAUUUUUGGGAGUAGAGAUCAAGCCGAUUUUAAAGAAGAAGCUGGGAGGAUCUCGGAAGCCAAUUUGAUGGCUCACUAUUGUGAGAAUGCCAUGGAGAUGAAAGAAAAUUUGGUGACCGGCGAACAAGGUGAUCAACAGGAUACAGAAAAGUGGAUUGAUGACCAGGAGCAUCAUACUCACCUAGAUGUUUUAGAUGAUCCCCCUCGUGAUAAAGAAGAAUUAAAAGAGCUAAAUGGAUUGCUAGCAAGCAAUCCAGAGUAUGUUGAGUUUGAUUUGAACAGGGACAAAUUCAAUGCUUCUGCAGAGAAGGUUGUGUUGGCAGAAGCUGCUGCAAGCUGUGACAGUGUCAUUGAUGAUUUGGGGAAGACCAAGGCAGAAUUCGCUUCUGUUGAAUCAAAAGAAGCAGAGAAUAUUGUUGUUGAUCCUGACGUUUAUAAUUGCAGAGGAUCAAGAGGAGGUGCAACGGACAUGAUUCACAGAGAAGCCUCUAAAUUAAUAGAUAUGGUAGAGGAGAUUGAAUAUCGAGGAACCACGUGGCCAGUUGAAGAUUGUGAAAAUACAAAGAAAACAUCAGAUGAUAUUGCUGAGACAAUUCAUCAGCGUAUUCUCUCCAGUGGCAAAGAAAUAUUUGAGUGUGAGGUAAGCGGUGAAGAGUACAACAAUGGUACAGAAAGGCCAGAAAGAUUUAAUGAAGACACAGGCAAGAGUCACAGAUAUGUCAUUUCGCUCUUUUCUGAAGAUAAUGAAGCUGCAACAGGGGAAUGUGAUUCAACAGACAGAUUUGGUGUAGAGAAUAAUGUGAGAGAUCCUCAGGAAGUUGUUGAGGACGAAUUUGAUGAGAACGAACGUGGUGCAAAUGAAGCCAAUUCUUCACCCAAAUAUGAAAAAAAAGCCUUGGAGGUUGAUGCUAAAUCACACAUAUUCACCAGCCAUGAAUUGAACUUGUUUUCACAACCUAGAGAGCAAGAUGAAACUAAAAAUUCCAAUGCAGAGGCCUCUGACACCAAUGCGAUAAGUGAGGAUGCCGCGGAAAUAAAAGAAACUGAAAUGACUAUUGAACAAGUAGCUCCACAAGUUACUGAAGAGCACCAGCAAGAGCAUGAGCUUGCUAUCAUUCAUGGCACUCCCAAUGGCAACAACUGUGAAAAUGAAUCUCUCAAGCUUGAGAAUACAAAUUCAUCUUCUGCUCGAGAAACUGCACCCAGAGAUGCAUGGAGAUGUGAACUUAACUUACUAUCACCUCAAAAUGAAAGUCCGGAUACAAAAGUGGGCAGCAAAACCUUGUUCGCUAAGAAAUUGAAUUCUUCAGUGAAGAAAGAGAACAGUAAAAGGGCUUUGAUUCAGAAGACGCCGAAGCUCUCUCUACAUGACAUGAAAGAAAAUGCAUUAAGCACCAUGAGAGGGAAAACAGGUAAUGUGACUACCCAAAAAGCAUUGUCAAAGAGGAGAGCUUUGGGGGAUCUCCAAAAGAAAUAGAUCUUACUAGUGAAUUCAAUUUCUUUUGGAAGAAUUUACCUUGUUUUUAGCAAUUUGGCCAUUUCCUUGAACAGAGAUUUCAGAAGUUGAUAUCUUGUCAGCAAAGAAAAAUUACCUGUUUGUGUAUUGAUUGGUGGGAAAACUGUGAAAAAUCAGAUGGCACUUUGUAUCAAAGGCCCUUUUAUUAGGCAGGGGGCCUAUAAAUUAUGUAUGAAACUAAAAUUUUUUAUGUUCACUUUGAGAUUACAAGCAUCA